UUAAUGAAUAUUUUGGCUAAAUAUAAUGUGUAUGAAAAAACUUUAGAAAACAUUGUAACAUAUAAGGAUUUAAGGAAAUCAAUAAAAUAGAGUUUUAAAUUUAUAUUGAAGCACAACUUUACAAUAUAUUAUUUUGAUGAAGAUAAUGAUAAGAUUACAAUAUCAAAUUAAGAAGACUUAGAUGUUAUUUAAGUAUUAAUUAAUAAUUAUAAUUAGGGUACAGAAAAACUAGAAAUUUUCGUAUCAGAAAUUGAUAACUCUUCUGAGUUGUCUGAUGAUUCCUUUUAAAAACUUGAUAAAAGUGUUAAAGAAACUGUUAAUUAUUUUAGAAAGUUGAGUAAUGGCCAAGUAAUUAACGAAUCUAAUAGUCCAAAUAUUAUACUUAAUAAAGAAAAAUAAGAAAUGGAGAUAGAAAAACCAAAAGCUAAGGAUCCAAAUAAUUAAUAAGAUUUAGAAGAAUAAAGACAAAAAGUAAUAAAAGAAAUAAAUUCUACAAUUGAUCAUUUACGUUCAUAAAUACAAAAAAUAGAAAAUGCUGAGGCUGAAAAACAAUUGAAUGAGAAAUUAUAAAAAUUGUAGAAACCUAAAUUUAAUUAAGUUUCUUUAGCAAAAGAGUUAAGUGAGCUUGAACUUAUAAAAUAAAUUGAAAAUUCUGAAAAUAAUUUGAUAAAUCUUAAUAAAAUAGAAAGAGAAGAAUUAAAAAGAAAUUAUAAUAUUUUAUUAAAAUAAGUUUAGAAAAUAUUUUCAGAUAGAUUAAAGUAAUAGAGUGCAUUUAUAGUUGAAAAUAAAGAUUAUGUUAAAACAGAAUAAAAAAUUUAAUAAAAGAUUAAUAAAACAAAACAGAAAAUUUAAAGAUAGUUGAAAUAAUAUAAUGAAUUAUUAAAUUAAUACUAGAAAAAACUCAGUUAAAUAGAAAAUAAGAAAUUUAAUUUAGAAAAAAUAGAUUAUAUGAACAUUUAAUAAUUGGAAAAUUUUUUAGAUAAUUAAAUGAAGUAAGAAAUUAAGUGUAAAAAAUAAAAGUAGUAGGAAAAUAAAUAAAAGAAAGAAUAAAUAAUCAAUUUAGAGAAUUCAACACAUGAAAAAGAGAAUUAAAUUCAAAUAGAUGAGAAUGAGAAUUCUUUUGAGAUAAAUUGA